AUUCAAUAUUGGCGCCCAAAACCAUUCUAAACUUCAAUCUUAUUUUAUUUCCCCAUGACAUUGGCAUUUGUACCGGGAGAGGUCAACGCCCAUCCGUAUAGUCUUGCCCAAACUGUAUGGAAGAAUCAUCACAUAGUCGUGUAUUGUUCUGGAAACAAUCUCGUGAUUUCCACCACGUCGACUCCGAAGAAAUUUGGUCAAAGGGUACAUUCCAAACGACAGAAAAACCUCCAGACGGUGUACUUGGAUAGAGACGCCAUCGCUGUCGAUAUUAACUCGAAGAAUGCGUUUGUUUCCGUCUCAAUUGGCGAACAGAUCCACAUCUUUAGACCAGACAGUGAAUAUCUGCAAAAGCCCCAUUGGUCUCAAAGUCAUAUCUUUUCCGCUGACGGGGUUGUAAAUUGCUUACAAUGGGCCGACUCUAAUGAUGAGCUAGUGGUGGCCACUAAUGAUCUGUUGGUGCUUUAUCAUGUCUACGAUGAAUACGGAGAAACAGUUGCAACCACUAGAUGGAGCUCACCCCAGCCCAACAGCAUCACCCACGUCAGAAUUACUCGUAAUGGUUCUAAAAUCAUCACAAGAGACAAUUAUGAUCGUUUGGCGAAGCUAUGGACCCGUGCAAGCUACGGAGACACCACGUCACUCUUUGUGUUGACAUAUGUGGAACACCCACAAUCCACAUUCGUGGUGGACUUCCGAUGGAAAUGUACCGAAACUCAUACCCAUGGCAUGGAUUUGACAUCUAUGGCCAAUAUCAAAAACAUGAGAGGGUUCUUGGAGAAUGACAGCGAUAAUGAUAUCCUCUAUACUCUUACAAAUGAUGGGAUUCUUAGGGCUUGGUCCACCGAUACCAGUGGUCAUAAUCGUAUCAGACUAUGCGGAGAAUUGAAUAUACGUCAGAAUCUUUCAAGUGAAAAUCUCUUGUUUAGUUCUCUUAUCAUCAUUGACAAUUGUCAUCUUCAUAAAUAUGUCAACGACAAUCUUUUAUCCAAAAUCAAUCGUGCCAACGUUGAGGGGCUAGAGCUUGUGUUGGCCACGUCAACUUCAGGACAAGUUUUCAUCUAUUCCAUCGACACCCUGUCCCCCGGGAGACCCAACUCUAUACAAUUCCUUCGGUUGAACACCCUGCAACCAGUAUUUUUCAAUGAUCAUUGUUAUCCACUUGGGAACUUACCAGAGGAAAUGCCACAAGAAUUAACGGAACAAUCUAUUCAAUCAGUUGACUUUAUCAGCAAGUUUGUCACCCCUAUUAUCAUCCCUGAUAUUCAAUGUGUCGAGUUUGAAGAAAGUUUGGGCACACCACAACUCUCCAUUCUAGUACAUGACCGAAUCAAACAUACCAUCAGAGUGGAUUACUUGGAUUUAGAAGCAUUCUCCAGGGCAAUCGACACUUCAUCCCGUUUAGGAACAAAAUUGAUGGACAAAUUUUCAGGUCAUACAAAGGCAAUACAUAGGUUGAGGAAGUCAACUUCUUCCAAAAGACACAAUACUGUAUUGAUAUCCAUCCUGGAUUUCCCCGAUCAAAACUAUAUAUGGGAACCAUUGAUUUUGAAUGAGGGAACUAAUCGAAGUAUGACUUUAGCCAAGAGAUUUAGAAUUGAAGUACCAUCUAGCGAGGAAGGUGUUUCAAACCACUCAAUCGAGGGGAUUUGGGAUGCAGUGAUCAUUAAUGACAUUGAACUCUUUUCUGAUGAUUUCCCUCCUUCUUGUAGACAUCAUUUGGUACCAGUUAUUGAAAAAAAUGGAUAUAUCUCACUUUGGGAUUGUAAUGGUACUGUUAUGGACGAUCAACCUGCACAUCUUCUAACUCGGUCCAGAAUUGAAGAUAAUCAUGGACAUUAUUUGAGACAACGUCCAAAGGCCUUUGUUCUUUCAGAAAUUGAAACCACUCCUCAAAAAAGGAGUUAUUGUGCAAUUGCCAUUUUCGAACGUGAUUUGAUCAGAGCUUGGAAAGUUAGCAUUGAAUAUGUUGAUCAAAAAGUUGAGAAGAUUGAAAUGACAUCAUUUGCGAUCAGCACUCUUCCACAAGAAGAAGAAAUACAUGCCAUUGAGAUGGUUGAUCUGUAUGCUUCAGAAAAGAAUGUUAUCACUGUGAUUGAUGUGGCUGGGAUAUUGAGAAUCUUUGCUGUAUCAUUUAAAGAUGAUACUUGUGAAUGGGUUGAAACUAAAUUGAUUCACACGAACAUUAAGAACGCCAGUAGAUUACAUGGUGCUACAAUUAUAAACAAAAUGGCCAUUGUAGAUGAGAGUGGACUAAACAUGUCCAUUUGGGAUACCAAGAGCGGAGUGUUAGAAUAUGAAGAGACUUUUGAAGAGACAGUCUUGGAUAUUGAUUGGACUAAAGUGGAUGGUAAGGACUUAUCACUGACGUCAUCAUUUGCCAUUCUCUCAGUUGGAUUUGCCAGACAUGUACUCUUAUUUACCCAGCUUCGUUACGAUUAUACAAACAAGAUGCCAACAUUCGGAGUUAUUAAGAAAUUAGAUAUUUCAGAUUACACUGCUCAUGAGAUUGGAGAUCUGAUUUGGGUCAAUAAUUCAUAUCUUGUGAUUGCAAGUGGUAACCAAUUUUUCAUUGAUGAUCGAUGGAUCCAAGUUGGAACAUCCAGUAAUAGAUUUAUUGACAGUACUAUACGUCAAUUAGUUGGUGAAAACUCGAACGAAGAGUCCAUAGAAAUUACCAUAUCUAACUUGGUUCGGAUAUUAAAUGGUCCCUUACCAGUUUAUCACCCUCAAUUUCUCAUUCAAUCAUUAUUUUGGAAUAAGAUUCAACUUGUUAAAGAUAUUUUGGUUCGUCUUUUGAAAGUUAUUCGUCUUGGAGGAGUUAUUGAAUGGGAUCUUGAAAUGAAUUUGGGUAAUGUUGUUCUUGAAAGUCCACAUUUGGACGGCAGUGUUGCUGAUAGUGGCGUACAAACACCUCAAAGUAAUGGUGGAACAGGUAGAGCAUCUUCUUCGACUCUUUUUGAAGAUAAUGCAUUCAACUCGACUAUUCAAACCUUUUUCGAAUUCAAUCUGGAAUUAGCUACAGCUCUUACAGAAAAACUUACCAAAAUAUCACUUCCAUUUAUCACCAGACAUCAACAAAUCACUCUUUUAUCAGUGAUAUCAAUUGUACUGGAAAUUGAUAAAUAUUCAGCUACAUUGGAUGGCAAUGGGAUAAGGUUCCUUAUUGGGUUUAAACUUUUCCAAAUGUCAAGUAAACAAACACAUUUGACCAUGAGAGAUAUCAAUUGGGCUUUACAUAGUGACAACAAAGAGGUGAUCAUGUCCAUUGUGGAGGAACAUUACAAACUUCGGAUAGAAUGGAGAUCGGUGAGAGAGUCGGGACUUGCCUAUUGGGUUGAUGAGCCACUGAAGCUUGCAAAUUACGUGGAGAAAUGUGCUAGGAAUGAGUUUGCCAAUACGAGAGACCCUUCAGGAUUAAUUUCUAUAUUUUAUCUUGCAUUACGAAAGAAAAAUGUUUUGAUUGGACUUUGGAAGUCUGUAACUCAUCAAGAUCAACAGAAAAUGCUCAAAUUUUUGAACAAUGACUUUACAGAAAAGAGAUGGAGGACUGCAGCAUUGAAGAAUGCCUUUGUACUUAUGAGUAAACAUAGAUAUUUGGAUGCGGCAUCAUUUUUUCUUCUAGCUGAUUCUUUGAAAGAUUGUUGUAAUGUUCUUGCCAAUAAGGUCAAUGAUAUGAAUUUAGUACUCGCAGUAACCAAAGUUUAUGAAUAUUCCAAAACUAAAAGUACUCCAGAUACAACUAUUUCCAAUAUGGCCUAUAUAUUGGAGUCAUUUAUAUUACCAGAUGCAUUACAAAAGGGAGAUCGAUGGACUACAAGUUGGAUUUUAUGGGAAAUGAAAAAGAAUGAGCUCGCCAUAAAGGCAUUGAUCGAGUCACCAAUUGCAGUGGUGAAGCAAAAUAGAACGGUAUUCUCCGAAUCUUGUAUUAAAAACAACAUUGAGGAUGUGAAACUUCAUGCUUCAUCGAAACUUUUCCUUAAGGAUGAUCCAGUGUUGAUGAUUUUGUUCAACAAUUUGAGACAAAGGAAUGUCAAGUUUCUUCAUGGAGCCUUACAAGUCAGUCCUAUCGAGGAAUACAAUUUUGUGGUUAAAGUAUGUUUAAUUUAUACACGUAUGGGAUGUGACUACUUAGCUUUAUCGGUACUUCGGAACUGGGUGUUUGUUCAAUACGACACCAAGGAAAAGGAUACCGUCAGAUGGUCUAUGAAGGAUAAUAUUCAAGAUGAGAGCCGCGACACUAAUGUUCCAUCUGUUUUAGCUACUGGAUAUACAGAUGGAGGACGGGCCAAUGGGUUUGGUACAGAUAGUGGAGUACGUACCAAGGCUCAACAACCUCCGCCAGCGGUGGUAUUUGAAGAGCCUGACAUGAGUUCCUUUGACUUUGGGUUUUAGAAUACUUGAGAAACCGUACUAGACAGUAAAAUAGUGUUUAUCACCGUAACUAUGGGCAGCCAAGCCUCAAUAAUCGAUGAUAUCAACACGACAAGGAAAAACACAGCUAAUUUGGAAAUGGUAAGACCACGAACGACACCAUAAAGCAUCGAGUUCCAAAAUGCAAUUGCAACAUGAAUGAUCUCGUAAGUUUCCACUUCAAGCUCCAGGGACUCAAAUAUCCUUGAGGUGACAUAUUUCAAGGGGUAUGUAUCUAUAAAUAGCAGAAUAAUCAAACGAUCAAAUUCAUCUACAGAAACUGGUCGUACAUACACAAGCUUAAAGGUUGGGAAAU